UCUCUCCUCUCUCUCUCUCUCUCUCUCUCUCUCUCUCCCUUUGGCUUUUCUAAAUCUGUCUCCAAAGCUUUCACCUCCUCUCUAAUGGUGAAACCAAAACCCUAGAUUUCCUCUCCAUUCAUCUAAUCUAAUUCCAUCCACACCUCUCUCUCAAAAAUGAAGACUUUUCCAACCUUAUUUUUAUCAGUAACGACUCUCUUCUCUUUCUUGUUUUCUCUUUCCCUUGAAGCUUCUUCACCAUCUCAGUCUCUGUACAGAGAAAUCCAUCAGCUGAUAAGCUUCAAAAACGUUCUUCCUGACAAGAACCUGCUCCCAGAUUGGUCUCCCAGCAAAAACCCGUGUACAUACGACGGCGUGAUUUGCAGAGACGACAAGGUUACUUCGAUUGAUCUCAGUUCCAAGCCUCUCAACGUCGGAUUCAGUGCCGUGGCUUCGUCUCUCUUGUCCCUCACCGGACUAGAGUCUCUGUUUCUCUCAGACUCACACAUCAACGGCUCCAUUACUAGCUUUAAAUGCUCUGCUUCUCUCACCAGCUUGGAUCUAUCGAGGAACUCUAUCUCCGGUCCCGUAACGACUUUGUCGAGCCUCGGUUCUUGCAUCGGUCUGAAAUCUCUUAACGUCUCCUCCAACACCCUCGAUUUUCCCGGGAAAAUUUCAGGCGGGUCGAAGCUUAGCAGCUUGGAAGUCCUGGAUCUCUCCGCGAACUCCCUCUCCGGUGAUAACGUCGUCGGUUGGGUUCUCUCCGAUGGCUGCGGAGCGUUGAAGCACUUUGCGAUAAGCGGUAACAAAAUCAGCGGAGACGUUGAUGUUUCACGUUGCGUGAAUCUCGAGUUUCUCGACGUUUCCUCCAACAAUUUCUCCACUGGGAUCCCGUCUCUCGGAGAUUGCUCGUCUCUGCAGCAUCUCGACAUCUCCGGGAACAGAUUAUCCGGCGAUUUCUCCCGCGCUAUCUCCUCCUGCACAGAGCUCAGGUCGUUGAACAUCUCCGGCAACCAAUUCGCCGGAACCAUCCCUUCUUCACUACCGCUCAAAAGCCUCCAGUAUCUUUCUCUAGCCGGGAACAAAUUCACCGGCGAGAUCCCGGAGCUUCUCUCCGGCGCGUGCGGUACGCUAACCGGACUCGAUCUCUCCGUAAACGAAUUCUACGGUACGGUUCCCCCUUUCUUCGGCUCUUGCUCUCUUCUGGAAUCACUCGUGUUGUCGACCAACAACUUCUCCGGCGAGUUACCGAUGGAAACGUUGCUGAAGAUGAGUGCUCUCAAGGUGCUCGAUCUCUCUUUCAACGAGUUUUCCGGCGAGUUACCGGAAUCUCUGACGAAUCUCUCCGCUUCGUUGCUAACGCUUGAUCUCAGCUCCAACAAAUUAACCGGUACGAUUCUCCCAAAUCUCUGCCGGAACCCUAAGAACACACUCCAGGAGCUUUACCUUCAGAACAACGGCUUCACCGGGAAGAUUCCGCCGACGUUGAGCAACUGUUCGGAGCUGGUUUCGCUUCACCUAAGCUUCAAUUACCUCUCCGGGACAAUCCCGUCGAGUCUAAGCUAUCUGUCGAAGCUCCGAGAUCUGAAGCUUUGGAUGAAUAUGCUUCAAGGAGAGAUCCCUCGAGAGCUCAUGUACGUCAACACCUUGGAGACUCUCAUUCUCGAUUUCAACGACUUAACCGGUGAAAUCCCUUCCGGUUUAAGCAACUGUACCAAUCUGAACUGGAUUUCUCUUUCGAAUAACCGGUUAACCGGUCAGAUUCCCCGGUGGAUCGGCCGGUUAGAGAAUCUCGCCAUCCUCAAGCUGAGCAACAACUCUUUCUACGGAAACAUACCGGCUGAGCUCGGCGACUGUCGGAGCUUAAUCUGGCUCGAUCUCAACACCAAUUACUUCAACGGUACGAUUCCGGCGGAAAUGUUCAAACAAUCAGGGAAAAUCGCCGCGAAUUUCAUAGCCGGGAAGAGGUACGCUUACAUCAAAAACGAUGGUAUGAACAAAGAGUGUCACGGAGCUGGUAAUUUGCUUGAGUUUCAAGGUAUCAGACCGGAGCAGCUUAACCGGGUUUCCACUAGGAACCCUUGUAAUUUCACCAGAGUCUAUAAAGGUCACACUUCGCCGACGUUUAAUAACAACGGCUCCAUGAUGUUCCUCGACAUGUCUUAUAACAUGUUGUCUGGAUACAUACCCAAGGAGAUUGGUUCCAUGCCGUAUCUGUUUAUUCUCAACUUGGGACAUAACUUUAUCUCUGGUUCGAUUCCUGACGAGGUUGGUGAUCUUAGAGGGUUGAACAUUCUUGAUCUUUCGAGCAAUAAGCUCGACGGGGGCAUCCCUACGUCUAUGUCAGCACUCACCAUGCUUGCUGAGAUUGAUUUGUCCAACAAUUUGUUAUCCGGACCUAUUCCUGAGAUGGGUCAGUUCGAGACGUUUCCACCGGCCAAGUUCUUGAACAAUUCAGGUCUCUGCGGUUACCCGCUUCCAAAGUGUGGUCAUGCGAACGGAGACGGGGAUGCUCACCAUUCAAGAUCUCAAGGAAGGAAAGAGCCAUCUCUUGCGGGUAGUGUUGCGAUGGGGCUGUUGUUCUCUCUCGUAUGCAUAUUUGGGUUGAUCCUUCUUGCUAGAGAGAUGAGGAAGAGACGGAGGGAGAGAGAGGAGGAUGCAUUGGAAGGGAAUGGGAACUCGGGCGAUAGAACCGCUUACAACACGGACUGGAAGAUGACGGGUGUAAAAGAGGCCUUGAGUAUCAACCUUGCUGCUUUCGAGAAGCCACUGCGGAAACUCACUUUUGCUGAUCUUCUCAAGGCCACAAACGGAUUCCACGACGAUAGUAUGAUUGGAUCAGGCGGGUUCGGAGAUGUUUACAAGGCGGUUUUGAAAGAUGGAAGCGCCGUGGCUAUCAAGAAACUGAUCCAAAUUAGUGGUCAAGGCGAUAGAGAGUUCAAGGCUGAGAUGGAGACGAUAGGGCAGAUCAAACACAGGAACCUUGUUCCGCUUCUCGGUUACUGCAAAGUCGGAGAAGAGCGGCUACUUGUGUACGAGUUCAUGAAGUAUGGGAGCUUGGAAGAUGUAUUGCACGACCCCAAGAAAGCUGGCGUGAAACUGAACUGGUCCAUGCGACGGAAAAUCGCCAUUGGAUCGGCUAGAGGGCUUGCCUUUCUUCACCAUAACUGCAGUCCGCAUAUCAUCCACAGAGACAUGAAAUCGAGCAACGUGUUGCUGGACGAAAACUUGGAAGCUCGGGUUUCAGAUUUUGGGAUGGCGCGGCUGAUGAGCGCGAUGGACACGCAUUUAAGCGUCAGUACGUUAGCCGGAACGCCAGGUUAUGUUCCUCCUGAAUAUUACCAAAGCUUCAGGUGUUCAAAAAAAGGAGACGUUUAUAGCUACGGCGUGGUGUUGCUCGAGUUGCUUACGGGUAAAAGACCAACCGAUUCGCCGGAUUUUGGAGAUAAUAACCUGGUUGGAUGGGUGAAACAGCAUGCAAAACUGCGGGUUAGCGAUGUGUUUGAUCAAGAGCUAAUGAAGGAAGAUCCAGCACUAGAGACAGAACUUAUACAGCACCUGAAAAUUGCAAUGGCGUGUUUGGAUGAUCGGGAUUGGAAGCGACCGACCAUGAUACAAGUCAUGGCAAAGUUUAAGUUGAUACAAGCUGAGUUGGGUCUAGAUUCGCAGUCGACGAUCGGAUCAAUAGAGGAUGGAGGAUUCAGUACGAUAGAGAUGGUUGAUAUGAGUAUUCAAGAAGUGCCUGAAGGAAAAUUCUGAAAAGCUUUAGAAACAGAGAACCAAACCAGAUUCUUUUGAACACUCCAAUUUUCCUUUGGUCUUAAUCUUUUUGUAUUUUUUCUACUGUAUUCUAAAAUGUAUGUAUGUAUUUAUGUUGUUUAUACAUAAGACCGGAUGUUUGGUUCGUUCGGACUUGGGGAUGGAGAAGAGAAAAAAGAGUAGCAACUUUGUUAAGAAUAUGUAAAUACACAGUUUUUCUUCUGUAA